GACCCGUGUCCUCCUGAAAUAUAAAUGACAUUUAAGUAGAAAUCCACUGGCGUGUCAGCGCUAACGUAAUAAGAUCCACCUCAGUGAACCUGAUGAUGCUGGCCAAACUCUGCAGGGUCACCUCCAGGCCUCCUGCCCGGGCUCAACACUGAAUUACCUUUAGCGUUUGUUUCAGGUUCUGAAUGUACUUUUUGAGUUCUGUUCGCUUUCUAAAAUCCCUUCUGCUUUUCUUUUGCCUAAAAACUAGAUCACUGCCCAGCGACAUUCAUGUUUAAUAACACACGCCUUUUAAAACCUUUUAAGGUUCUGUUUCUCAGAGCCUUGCUGCGCUGAAGGACGAGGGCCGGUCACGUGUCCUGUAUUUACUACGAGUGAAGUAAACCUGUUCCUCGAGUCCCUGUUGGUCUAUAACCGUGGUUGCUCAUAAGCUGGUCUAGAUUAGUCUUUGGACCCACUGCAUUCAGAGAGGAGCGCUCCUCCUCUGCAAUUCACUGCUUCAGCUACCUAAAAAAACAAAACGGGCCAUGGCGCUGCGGCCGCGGGCCUCCUCCCAGCCGGGAAUACUUUCCUUCCUCCAGAGCCCCAAGGUGUCCUCGGCCCUUCGGCCGCGGGCCGUGUCCUCGCGCUCGGGCUCCGUGCUGGAGGAGGACCUGUCUUGCGCCGUCUGCUGCGAGAUCUUCCGGGACCCCGUCGUCCUCAAGUGCAGCCACAGCUUCUGCCGGGCCUGUCUGCAGCAGUUCUGGAACAAGAAGAAGGCCCGACGCGAGUGUCCCAUCUGCAGGAAGAAGUGCUCGCUGACGGAGCCCACGGUCAGCCUGGCGCUGAAGAACGUGUCCGACACCUUCCUGAGGCAGCAGGACCGCAGGGCGGGCGGCGCCGCGGGGGCGGCCGGCGGGGCGAGGGAGCAGGAAGGGAAGGUGGACGAGGAGUGCGUCGCCCACAGGGAAGUUCUUAAGCUCUUCUGUCUGGACGACCUUGAAGCCCUGUGCUGCGUGUGUCACACAUCCAAGAAGCAUCAGGGACACCGAGUGUGUCCUUUGGAGGAGGGAGCGCAGGACUUUAAGGCAGAGCUGAAGAAUGACCUGAUUCCUCUGAAGAAACACCUGCGUUGCCUGUAUGAAGCCAAGCAGGAGAGUGAUGACACAACGGUGCACAUCAAGAACCAGACUGAGGCCACAGAAAAGCAGAUCAAAGAGGAGUUUGAGCAGCUGCGGGAGUUUCUGCAGAAGGAGGAGACGGCUCGACUGGACGCCCUGCAACAGGAGGAGGAGGAGAAGAAGGAGCUGCAGAGGAAAAGGUCGGAGAGCAUCACCAAAGGGAUCCUCAUCUUCUCGCACGCCGUCAUAGCGAUCGAGAAUGAGAUCGCUUCCAGCGAUGCGCUCUUCCUUAAGAAUUAUACCAAGACAAAGAAAAGAGCACAGAUGCCACUGAAUAGUCCAGAGAAAGUGGCGGGUGCACUGAUAAAUGUGGCCAAGCACCUCAGUUCCCUCAAGUACCACGUGUGGGAGAAGAUGGCGGACCUGGUUCAGUACACUCCCAUCAGCCUGGACCCCAACACGGCCUACUCCUGGCUGUCCCUCUCUCCAGACCUGACCUGUGUCGCAAACAGCGGAAGCCUCCAGAAGCUCCCGGACAACCCCGAACGCUUCGGCCACUUUGUGUUCCUGCUCGGCUCGGAGGGCUUCACUUCGGGCCGCCACGCCUGGGAGGUGGAGGUGGGCGACAAGGCGGACUGGAUGCUCGGAGUGGCCAAGGAGUCCGUCGACCGGAAGGGCCGGAUAUCCGGGAGUCCCGACGGCGGGUUUUGGAUGAUCUCGCACUACGAGGGCGAGUACUCGGCCAUGACGAAGCCCAGCACCCCGCUGCGUCCCCAGGGUGAGCUGACGCGAGUCAGGGUGCAGCUGGACUACGACGCCGGAGAGGUGACCUUCUCCAACCCCGUCACCAUGACGCCCGUCUACGCCUUCGCCGACUUCUUCACUGAGAAGAUGUACCCCUUCUUCUGCCCCGGAGCCAACAUCAACGGGAACAACCCCAAACCGCUUAAGAUCUGCCCCGCCAAGGUGGCUGUGUGGAACAGCGCCAAGUGGUGAUUUAACGAAAUAAAGAAAACACUCAUUGAGCACAGAAGUUUAUUUCCUAUUUAAGAGCAGGAUUCUGUGUAAAAAUGAGCACGACAAAGUCAUGACAAGAAGUACUGGUUUAUUUAGUGAUUGAGUGCAGUUUUUGAAGCGGGCGCUUCAAAGCUACCAGGGGAUGGACCUGCCCUUCCAGUCCAGGAAGCCUCCGUUCUGCUUCUCCGUGAGAGAGGCCAUCACCCCGAGCAGCCCCCGCACACUCUCCGUAGCGUCGAUCUCCCCCUGGUGGUUGGAAAACGCACACGGUUAACAUGAAGGCUGUCGCAGGAGGUCGUCUCUAAUGUCUCUACUCAUGGACCAGUUCUGCACUGAGAUCUGUCGCUCCUAACCGUAAAAACAAAUAUGAACAUACGCAAUCUGCCAUUUUAGUUCUGGACCAGCUGGGACACUUUCUUUUCUGAUCUGUGUCUUAUUUUGUCAUGUUGGAAGGGAAUGCACGGAGGGCCUAUGCUAACUGAGCCACGAGUCUGUAUGGCCACAGGAGGAUUGGGAGUGCAAAUCAUUUGCAAUGUUAAAUUACUUUUAACUUUAAGAAACUGCAGUGCUGUGCUGCAUCACAUGUUCGAUGUUCGAUGUAAUGUUAAGUGUUUCUGAAUCCUGGUGUGUGUUUCCCUUUGCUCUGUGUGGUAUCAGACAUGAAUGAAAGGUGCUAUAUAAAUAAACGUUGUCAGAUAUCAGACGCAGUAGUGUGUAAAACUCUUUAAUAUCGGUUCUAAAUACCAAAAUCCUGAAACAUUAUUGAAACGUUUCUCUGUAAAACAAUCUGCCACCAUGGGAACAGCUUAGUUUUUGUUAGUGAGCUGCAUGAAAUAAGAAAUCUCAUGACGUGAUGUUGAUGUCGUGCUUCGCGGUUAAUAAAGGUAGAUGAUCUUUCA